AUGCCAAAGAAGAGAGGAGUGACAAAAGAUAGUAGUGUCAAUGUUGUUCAACAACAUCAACAACAACAGACACAGCAACAUCAACAACAUAAUGAUCAAUCAUCUGUUAAAGAACAAGGUCAACCAGGUCAACAACCAACAUGGCAACAAAUUGCUGCCUAUUCAUCAUUAGUAGUAGAUGGUUCUGCAUCUGAUAUUGAUGAGGAUGAUGAUCAUGAUGACGUUGAUAUCGACGAUGAACAUUCACAACAUUCUCAACAAUCUCAACAAUCUCAACAUUCUCAACAACAACAAUCAAAGAAGAAGAAUAAGAAGAAGAAUAAGAAGAAUAAGAAGAAUACAAAUACUUCAAGUAAUAGAGGUCUUGACUAUGACAUCAACAACAAUAAUAGGAUGGGUGGUGGCGGAUCAGGCAAACCAAACAUCAGCGACAUUGACUUGAUGGCAAGCUACGUGAACUCUCAACAACAUAUGCAGCAGAUCGACCCACUAGAUCAGGACAUUGACAGACAGAAGCUCAGUGAGUUUUGGAUCUCUUUGAGCGAGGAGGAGAGAAGAGAGCUGGUGCGUCUUGAGAAGGAGACCUUGCUGAGGAAGAUGAAGGACCAACAGAAGCACACGUGCACAUGUGGCGUGUGUGGCAAGAGGCGUGCCGUAAUCGAAGAGGAGCUAGAGCUGCUCUAUGACUCAUACUAUGAAAGGAUGAAUGAUAGAGCGUCUGGCAUGGUUGAUGUUGGUGGUCAUCAUCACCAUCAUCACCACCAUCAUCAUCAGCAUCAUCAUCAACAGCAGCAACAACAACAGCAGCAGUACCAACAGCAACAACAACAACUACUACAUCAACAACAGCAGCAACAACAACAACAGCGACAAAUGUACGCACCACCAAUGUCUGUUAAUGAUGCAUCCAGACCAUAUCGCAACAACAUUCAAACAAGCAAAGGCAUGGUCAACUCAACGAGGACGAACCCGACAACUCUGGCCGAGAGGUCAAUCUAUCAGGCGGAGGAGGACUACUUGAAGCGCGAGGGCAAGCACUUUGUCGAGCUGAUGGAGAGGCUGGCCGAGCAGCGCGUGCGACGCGAGGAGUUCAACGAGCAGUCACUGGUCGACCCCGCCGACCAACUAAUCUCGCAGGAUGAGCCCAGCAUGGACGAGGCCAAGAGUCGCGAGCUAAGCAACAGCAUCAUUCAACUGAGUCAGCGUCAGAUGCAGCAGCUGCAACAACAGCACAUGCUACUGCAUCAGUUGGAGCAGCAGCAGGAGCAGUUCGAGGAGUACGUCGGCGGUGACACUGAUGUAUAUGCCGAGGACGAUGAUGACGAGGAUGAGGACGAUGACGAGGAUGAAGAUGAUGACAUUGGCGACGAAGAGUACCUGGUGCACGAGGAUGAUGGUGAUGAAGAAGAUGAUGAUGACGACGAUGACUAUGAUGAUGAUGAUGAAUACGAUGAUGACGAUGAAGAUGAUGAAGACGACGAUGAAGAAAGGCAGAUGGAGGAAGGCCGAAAGAUGUUCCAUGUCUUUGCUUCAAAGAUGUUUGAACAACGUAUAUUGGCCGCCUACAAGGAGAAGCAGGUAUUGGAGAGACAGAGAAGUCUGCUUGAGGAGGAGGAACAGAAGAUGAAGAGGGAGAGAAUGUUGAAGGAGCAAAAGGCAAAGUCAAAGAAGGAGAAGGCAGAGAAACAGAGGGAACAACAGAGAUUGCUGCGCGAGGAGAAGGAGAGAAAGCUGAAACAGAAAGAGGAGGAGCUGUUGUUGAAGAAGAGGGAGGAACAGGAGAAACAGGCAGAGAAGCAGCGUGAGAGACAGAGGUUGAAGGAGGAAGAGGCCAGACGUAAGGAGGAGGAGCGGGCUCAUCAAUUGAAGGCAUCACAGUCCCAGGAGAAGUCAGAAAAGCAAAAGAAGCAAGAACAGCUGAUGCGCGAGAAGGAGCUAAAGAGACAGCAACAGCGAAUGGAGAGGAAUAAGAAGGCCUUGGAGCAUAACAAACCAAAGCAGACCAAGGUUCAAGUGUUGCCAGACUGUGCGCCUGUAUCCAAUCAAUCCACCGCCACUCCAUUGGCGGCAUCAUCGUCAACCCCUGCAUCCUCAGCUUCCAUAUCGAUCACACAACCACCAACCAUCCAAGUCAACAACCUCAACACAUCAGAUCCCAACACCUUGUUGACGCCCUCCAAGUACAGACAAUCCCCAAUGAGUCCCAACUCGCCCGACUUUGUUCCAAAGAUGCAGAAACUCACCACCAACUGUCCGUCAAGUCCACAAACCACUCAACCAGCUCAUUCAAUCACAUACCCAAAUCUUGGUCUUUCACAUCGAAUGCUUAACUUUAGCAAUGACUCACAAGAUGACACUUUAUCUUAUGACCCAGUCCCAGCAGAGUUCAGAUCAUCAUUGACAGAAAGUAAUGAUGAUGACAUUGACUCAAUACUGCAUAACAUUCACAUUCCAACAUCUAUUGGAAAUAGCGAACAUAACAACAACAAUAUCAACAACAAGCAGACGCUACAACAACAUGGAAAUGCAACAGCAUCAGCGGCGGCAUACUUUUUCAAACCAAUUGGUGCCGCUGCCAACAUUGACUUUCUAUCAACCGGUCAUCCCAGUCACGCCCUAUCCAACGCGCCACUUCACCGUGGUCGUGGGCUUGACCACCAGCAACAGCAGCAUAAGCACCAACACGACUUUAUCAAACCGAGCGCAGUUGGUAUGGAGCAGAGUGGUCAGUCUGCCUCUUUACAUCCCUAUCCCCUUGGAAUGAACCACCAGACCAUCACAACAACGACAACCAUCACCACAACAACACCAUCACUAGCGCCUCUAGCCUCAAUCGGACAAACCAUACACAGACCAAACAACAGCAACCCUUUCAACAUCUCAACACCAUUCCUAUCCCAUCAACUUCAUCAACAACCUCCAAUGAAUGUCAACCAAUACAUGAACAACUCUGGUAGCAAUAUCAACAACAACAUUUUGGGCUUCAAUGGUUCAAACAUCAACAACAACAUGAACAACUUUAACAACAACAUCAACAACAACACUUGGGAUCCAUUGCUGUCAGGUGGUGGAAGCAAUUACUAUUUGGACAAUAGUGCACUCAGUAACUCAUUCGCACUCAACUCAUUGCCAUCAUCCUCAUCGUUUCUUGGCACUGGUGGCAUGUCGCUGCCAAUUGGACACACCAUCACAUCACCUUCACUCAAUCCCCACUCAACUCCAAGAUCACCACUGUUAGACAAUGGCAACGCCAGUUCAUUCUUCAACGUUCACAAUGGUCGACCGUCUCAUCCCUUUAUGUAA